UCUCUGUAAUUCUCUACAUGUUCUUUACUCUAAUAUGUCAUAGUAUGUAAUAGAUACAUUACAUGGAAUAAUCAGAAUAUACAUCUAUAAUAUAGCAUGAAUAUAAAUUAUAGCAGAUGCUCUACUCUCUGAUCUGUCUGCAAUGCUAUCUGAAUGCUACGGCAGAGUUAAUGUAUAUAGAUGAAGAUCGCUGAGGGGGAGAGACCUUAAAAGAUUCAUUAGACCCGAUUAGACCUAUGUUUAUUAUAGAAGUAUCGCGAUUUCCUCCAUGUAAAUUUGUAAACAAAUGGUAGCCUAUCGGUUGAAUGGUCCAGCGACUCUUGUAUGGGAGGAAAAAACAAUACAGACAUUUGACCCAUAAGAUUUCAUGUCAUGUCAGCUGGUCGUGAACUGUUUACACUGUUCAUGAUAGAGUACCCCUUUUCGACAAUAAAUGUGUGACGCAGUGCGAGUAAUAGCAAUUAUUUGCAUAUAUGUUAAGAAUUGAAUAAUUUUGCUGCUGAAAUCAUAAGGAAUGCGCGGUAGAACCGAAAAGAGAGUAUGUAAAAAGUCAGAAACCGAUUCUGAAAUUACAGUGUGUGAUGUUUGUGGUCAGAAUCAUAGCACUGAAUCAUGCAUUUUUAUUAGUGCUCGGCCUUGUACAGUGGAGGAUGCUGUUACACCCACGCACGCCCGAUUAACUCUUCCAGCCAAUUUGGCAGUGAAGGACUUGGCUGAUGGUUCUACAACAGUUGUUACAAAGGCUAAAUUUGCUAGAGGGACUCGAUUUGGUCCAUUUAUAGCACCACUCACUUCAAUUUUGCCUCCAGAAGUUAAUUUUCCUCUGAAAAUAUUUGGUGAUUCAGAAGAAGAUACUCUGUAUCUUGAUACACGAAAUGAAGAUGAUUGUAAUUGGAUGUGUCUUGUAGGUUCAGUCUCCUCAUCUAAUGAUGCCCAAAAUCUUCUCUGUUAUCAGGUACAUGAUAAGAUUUUUUUUAGUUUACUGCAUGACGUUGAACCUGGGGAAGAACUGAGAGUGUGGUAUGCUCCUUUCUAUGGUAUCAAAAUGGGUAUUUCUCCAGGAAGACUGGCCUCUAAUUCAUCAGCAGCAUCAGAGGCUCUGGAAAUGUCAGAAGAGUUAACAAAAAUUGAAGAAAUUGUAACAUGGGAAGCUGACACCACAACAGUUGAUAUUUUGCCUGGUGAGGAAGAAUCACUGAGUAAAACUCAUUCAAGGGAUGAAAAAAAGCAUCAUUUUAAUGAUGGAGUUCAGGAACAGAGAAAAAUGCUGAUAGAUGAUGAAGCAAGAACUGCAUUUAUUGCCCAACAACUUCCUCCAAAACGGCUUGGUGCACGAUUUACUCCUGCUUGUUGGCGUUGUCGAGAAUGUGGAGCAAAAGAAGAAAGUGUUAUUAGUUAUGCACGCCAUCUAAUGCGACAUUUGAAGCCACAUUCCAAAAAAGUUGCUUUCUCAAAUAAGGCCAGGAAAUAUUCUUGCUCUAUAUGUAAUCAGAAAUUCUUCUCACAAGGAUUGUUGGAUGAUCAUAAAGCAACACAACAUGAUUUAUCUGACCUAAUGGAGCCCAUUCCCCUUAGAGGGGAAUUCGCUGAAACUUCUGGUGAACCAGAUGAUCCCUUGCCAAUGGAAGAAUGUUCAGAAGAAGAGACCCAACCCUCGGAAUCUUCAAACAUUUUUGAGAAGCCGAGCGGUUCUUUGUGUGAAAAAACCUCUGAGUCUGAAAGUUUUUUGACUCCUUCAUGUGUGCAGCAGACAAUGGAUCCUCUUCCCAGAAAUACAACAUACAUUCAGGAAAAUCCAUCUCUUAAUGGAAAUAUGGUCAUGAACUGCGACUCUGUUCUUGUUACAAGAAAUGAUACCCAAGAUAUACCAACAAGUAGGUCUCUAACUACUGAUUUAGUGCCAAUGAAACCAUCAGUCACUUUUCAAGAAAAUGCAGAAAAGUUAGAUGAAAACAGUCGAAAACUUGUGGCAGUUAUGGGUGAAAAUACUCUUCAAAAUCUUUUAAUUCCAAUUGAUCAACAGAAGGAUAUUGAUCUCCUCUUGCAAAGCUUUCAACAACCAGCUCGUGAAAAACCAGUAACACAGCCUGCCAGAGUACCUGAGACUAUCUUAAACCAUGAAUUCUUUACACGGGUAGCUGGUGAUACUGUUGUUCGUGAUGUUAAAAGUUUAUUGAGCAUGGGGUAUAGUUUACAGUUUCUUGUUGAAAAUGAAGAUGGAUCCUCAUCUCUUGUAGAUGUUCUUUCUACUGGAAAUGGUAUUACAAAUAAUUCAGCAACAUCUGGUGCAUCACAAAAUGGGGAAGUUACAUCUCAGCAAUUAGUUAUAAUGGCUAAUGGAAACGUUCCAGACAGUUUGCCCCAAGCUCUGCAGGGCAUCCUGCCUUCUUCUGUACCAAUUAUGCCAAGUGUUGUGGAUCCUAUUGUUACUCCACAGUCUCCUCUUCUAGCUGAUCCACCUGCUGACCGUGUAACACAUGACAAUUCAGCUGCAGAUGACGUACAGCUAUCAUGCCUAGAUUCAGAAGAUUCUUUUUUGAAUAAAGGAAACCCUACGUCUGAUGCUAGAUCUCCUCUAGGAACUUUACUCCCAUCAGCCAUUACUAGUAAUAUGUGCUAUGAUAAUGUUGUUCCUUACAAUGACUCCAACUCUGAAAAUGCUUCACUUAUGGAAAUGAGCCUGAGUGGUGAGAAUUUAGAGAGAGAAGAACUUGAUUAUGAAUUGGGUGCCCUUGAACUUCCGUUGGCAGUGGAUGAUACAAAUAGCACAGACUAUAUGAUGAAUGCGUGCACUUCAUCACCACCAACAGAUUCUGUAAGGUGUACUAAUAUGUGUGUUGCCUCAAAUUCUGAUCUAAAUACUCCAGUCAAAAUGCUAGAUCAGUGUAUAGAAAGUACAUUGUCAUCAGAUGUAAUGGCCUUUGACUUUGAAGCUAGUUCACAUGUGCCUCGCACAAAUAUGUUGAGAAGUCCACGACACGAAGAAAGAAAUAGUGUUUGUAGAGAGGAACUUACAAAAGAUUUUAGUGACUUAAUUGCUGCAGAUGCAGAGAGCAGUAAUGUAAUGUUAACUAUUCAACCUGCUGAUAGCACAGCAGAGUUAAGAAAGGAUGACAGUGUUUGUUCAGUUGAGUUAAGGAAUGACAAUGAAAAGGGGAAAAGUACGCUUGAGUGGAUGAGAAGUGAAGGACUUCUUUUGCCUGUUCAUCAUGAUUCUGUGGAAAAUGUGCCUCAGACACUUAGUUUGAAUGCCAGAGAACAUUCUUCAAUUAGUUUUCAACCUGUAACUGGAACUGAAAAAGAUACUUCCUUACUGAAAGAUAACAGUGAAGAAACAAGAUUGCUGCAAGCAACCUCAGAGAUAAAUGCUGAGUUAGAUGGUCUACUACUAGAUGCAAAUUCAAAUUCACAAAAUGGUGUCCCCACAAUAGAGGAGUUGCAGAGAAACCUUGAACCUCAGCUGCAGAUACAAUCCAAAGAGCAAGUGCAAACUCAAUCAGAACUUCAUCUUCAGCUCCAUCAGCCUCAGGGUACUCCUGAAACUCAAUUCCAUCAGCAAGUGCAUACCCAAGUGCUGCCCCAAGCUGAAAGUCAGCAUUGGCUUUCUACCCAUACUAAAAUCUCAACUCAAGUGGUUGAUAGCCACACCCACUAUCAACCACAUACUCUGUCUCAUAAACAGAAUGAAGCUUCAAAACAAGUGCAAAUGAAGACUGAUACUGAAGUAGGAGCUCAAAUAGAGCUCCAGAUCCAAGUCCAAAAUAUUGCUGAUAUCCAAUCUCCACAUCAACCUGUAUCAGAAGGGCAUUCAUCUCCAGAUUUAACUGCUUUGGUAGAUACAGAAGUGGAAGAAGAGCAAUCUUACAUUUCAACAGUAUCUGGCAACCCCUCAUGGUGA